GAACCCGGCCGCGGCAGGGAGGGUCCCGUUGCCAUGGCCGAGGGGCGGAGCACCGCGCGGCGGGUGCUGGAGCUGAAGGAGAGGCUGGGGGGCGCUCAGGAGCCCGACGAGAUUAUAGAAACCCUUGAGGUACUACAGAAUUUGGAUAUAUCAUUGGAUAUUCUAGUGGAAACUGGCAUAGGCAAAACAGUUAACAGUUUUAAGAAACAUGCCACUGCUGGGAAUAUAGCUAAAACCCUGGUAAAACAAUGGAAGAAACUUAUUCCUUCUGAAAAGAAAAGCACUCACAGAGAAAGAAAACAAAAUACUGAAAAAGAUGAGACAAAAUCUUCCGUUUCCAAGGAGGUUACACCUUCAGAGAAGUUCAGAGCAUCUGUACUGACCUCCAGAAGUUCUGACAGUGCUCCCGAUUCUAAAAAGUUGAAUAAGCAGCAUACUUGUAUUGAAAAGAUCCACCAAGGUACAGAUUCUGAGUCUCAAAAAGAAUGUGAUAAUAAAGAAUGUAGCAACGGUGAUUAUGAGCAUGCUUCCCAGGGUACCAGUCCUCGAGCUAAAGAAAGUGACUUCAAAGAGAGAACCUCUACAGAGAGCAAGAAUUUUUCGGAAGAGCAGCAUUCCUCUGUAGCCAAUAAAGACUUGCCACAGCUGAAGAAAAAGCCUAGAAGGGAUGCUUCCAAAAAGAGGAAUCCUAAGCAUGUGAAGAAACCAAAGCAAAAACUUGUCCUAAAAAGCAAAGCCAAAUUAUCUAGUGAUGAGGAAUUUGAGCCCCCUACGAUGUCUUUUGAAUCUUACCUUACUUAUGAUCAGGUUACAAAGAAAAGAAAGAGGAAGGCUUACUCUACAGGUGCACAGCCAAAAAAGUGCUCUGAACAGAAAGACAGCUUGUUACUACAAAAGACUUCAAACUUUUCCUAUGUGAAAGAGGCAGAGGAAGACGUAAAAAAAUGUGAGGAUGCUCAAUUGGAAAUUCCCAAUAAGAAGGCCAAGGUGGCAUCCCUCCAAGAUCUUCUUAAUACUCCACUGCCUAAAUUUCUGACAGACAUCUCAAUCUCAUCUCCCCCGUAUGCUGCAGACUUUAAAGCUUCCAUAGCACCUGUUGUAGAAGCACCCCAGCAAGUCAGUGAAACAGUUCAAUUCACAGGACGGAGACUGAACUCUAAAAUGCAAGUUUACUCUGGCUCUAAACCAGCCUGUCUUUCAAAGAUGCUUACGCUGUAUGAACAGUGCAUCCGUGUGCUUCAAAAUAAUAUUGAUUCACUGCAUGAAGUAGGAGGUGUGCCCUUUGAAAUUCUUGAGCCUGUGCUAACACGUUGCACACCAGAGCAGUUGCUUCGAAUAGAGGAAUGUAAUCCGACAUUUACAGAAGAAUGUGACCACUUGUGGAAGAAACACUGCCAGAGAGAUUUUAAAAGCAAGAGCCUCCUGGAAUAUGAGUCUUGGCGUGAAAUGUACUUGAGACUGUUUAAUCAGAGAGAAGAAAAACUGAAGACGCUUACAAAAAAUAUUAUUUCUGCUCAGUCUGAGAAACCAAAAGGCAGGCAAGUAAAAAUGGCUUAUAUGACCAGUGCAGCAAAACCACCAAGGAACAUUCGCAGGCAGCAAGAAAUCCAUGGGACAGCAGGACCUGUCACCCAACUUCAUCCCAUAGAGAAGUGCAAAACGAAGAUUCCCGAAAGCAGAAAUAGAAAUAACGUAUCAUCAAAUCCAAUCCCUGCUGGCAACAGUGGAAGCUGUAGCUCAAGUGUAGUGAUUCAAGAUGGAAAGAAGCCUAUCAAAAAAAUCGCACCAAUCAUGAAGAAAACUUUGAGAGCAUUGAAGAGUAGAGCUGGACGACGAUAAAAUGAGGCUACGUAUUUGAAGUCUGAGUGACUAUUUGUAUAUCAUGCUACAGCUAAUGCAAGUAAUGUUAAUGCAAACAUUCUUCAUUUUGCCUUAGUUAAAAUAGGUAUGAAACACUGCAGGUGAAAAUGAUUUGCAAUAAAAAUUGAAACAUCUGAGUUCUUUCA